AUGGAUGUAUCACAUCAGCAACAAACAACAAUGUUACGUGUCCUUUUGGUGCUGUCAAGGUGUAUCCAUCUCUCAUGGCAUUCAUCAUCAAGUAUCGCUUGGAGAACCGGCUAUCAGAAUUGGUCAUUGUGUCGACAUCUCUACAGCAAGGAAAUGUGUUAUGAUUACUGGGUGGCAUCAAACAUCGUGGAUUCUCAUAUGACACUGGCUAAAUCAACAUUUGAAUUUGGGUGGGUGUCUCAGAAGCAAGCAAGUGAUCUCUAUCUUAUAGUUGUGGUUGUCAAGGAUACCGUUUCCAUGGUUUUGGAAAUCAGCUACACCUGCAAGUCGUCUCUUUAUCGGUGGAUCUUCAGAGCAAUGUUUUUAUCGGUGCCAUGGCGGAUCUCCUUCCUCAAGAACUUGUAUGGAUACCUUGGGCGUCCUCUUGGCUUCUCGCGUAUGCUUUUCAUCAAGACCGGAUUUACUUGUUGCAGUGCAUGA